AUGAAGAUUAUCCUGCGAAACAUUAUGGGAAAGGAACAGACGCAGGAGGUAACACCAGAUACGAAUGUGGAACUCAUUAAGCAACGUCUGGAGGGUGAAUACGAUAUGGAUAGUUUGCAUUUGUGCCACAAGGGUAAUGUACUUGACAAUGCAAAGACAAUGGCAGAGCUGGGCGUGGAGGAGAAUGCGGUUUUUAUCGUCGCAGGGAAAAAACGCAGUAAAAAAAAUCCUCAACCCAAACCAACGCCAUCCGCCCCACUUCCAGAGACAAAAACACCUCUUUUGGUUGAGUCGACUUCGGUUGAAGCGGGAUUGAAUGAAGUCGCAAAAACUGACUCUGCAACGACUGGAGCAGGAGAGACGCCUGGUGGAACCACUGUGCCAUCUCCAGUGAUAGAGUCAUCUUCGACAGCAGCAGUAACAGCAGCAGCGCCUUCGCAGGGUUUGGCCUCACACGGUGUUGAUCCCACUCUCAUCGACAGCAUCGUUGCCAUGGGGUUUGAGGACCGUGAACAUGUGGCGUUGGCAUUACGAGCUGCGUACAUGAACCCUGAUCGUGCUGUUGAGUUUCUCUGCACAGGGAUCCCAUCCAAUGUUUUGCAGCGGUUGAAUGAACCUUUUAUGGCACCGUCUGCAGGCCCCGAGCAGAUUUCGGAGGCGACAGAUCGGCUACCGUUGCACAUGCGUCAGGGCGCCAGUGGCUCCGCUCUUUACAACGCCUUAAUGCAAAUUCCACAGUUUGGGGAAAUACGCUCAAUAGUACAGACCAAUCCGGAGUCGCUUCCCACCGUCAUACAGCAGCUCCAUAUGCACCACCCUGAGGUGGUUGGGUUGAUCCAGCAGGAUCCAGAUGAGUUUUUGCAGAUCAUGGGAAUUCGUGGCCAGGCAGAUUUCACAACCAGCAGCAGCGGUGAUGGUGAUGGUGGUGGUGACGUCCUCACUGAACCUGUUGUGGUUCCACUGAGAGAAGGGGAACGUGUCGUGAUUGACCGUCUUGUUGAAUUGGGUGGUGGUGCAUGGACUGAGCAGGACGCGCUUGAGGCUUAUCGUGCAUGUGAAGAGAGCGAGGAGGCCGCGGCUCAUCUACUUUUCAGUAACUUCUUUGAAUAA